UUGCCGCGGGGACGGGGCAGUGACGCGGCCCGAGGGCGGAAGUGGAAAAGUUGCCGGCGCCCCGAGGCAAGUUGGCUGAGCUGUGCGCGCGGCCGACGAUGGGGAGCUCGGGCAGUCGCCUGUCCAAGGAGCUGUUGGCGGAGUACCAGGACUUGACGUUCCUGACCAAGCAGGAGAUCCUCCUAGCCCACAGGCGGUUUUGUGAGCUGCUUCCCCCAGAGCACCGGAGUGUGGAGGAAUCACUGCAGAUACGAGUGUCCUUGGAGCAGAUCCUCAGCCUUCCAGAGCUCAAGGCCAACCCCUUCAAGGAACGAAUCUGCAGGGUCUUCUCCACAUCCCCAGCCAGGGACAGCCUGAGUUUUGAGGACUUCCUGGACCUUCUCAGUGUGUUCAGUGACACAGCAACUCCAGACAUCAAGUCUCACUAUGCCUUCCGCAUCUUCGACUUUGAUGAUGAUGGAACCUUGAACCGAGAAGACUUGAGUCACCUCGUGAACUGCCUCACAGGACAGGGCGAGGACACACAGCUUAGUGCUUCAGAGAUGAAACAGCUCAUUGAUAAUAUCCUGGAAGAGUCCGACAUUGACAGGGAUGGCACCAUCAACCUCUCAGAGUUUCAGCACGUCAUCUCCCGGUCACCGGACUUUGCCAGCUCCUUUAAGAUUGUCCUGUGAGAGGAGCCACAGCGUGUGUCCCAGCAAGCACCCCGCCAGAGAGGCUUUCCACUGCUGAGCUGUGGUCAAGGUCAUGCCUGUGUUGCCAGGGCCGGCCAAGCUGGCCUAGCCCAGAGCUGGCGGCCGUGCAGUCCCGCUCCAGGAAGGAGAAGGCCCUCCGUGCCAGGGCGUCUCUCCUUCUGCCGUUGUCAUCGCUCUGUUUGUGUUCUACUCUUCCGUAAUAAAAGUUUAGACAUUUUGA